CUCGCGCGCGCUCUUCCUCCGCCCUUUCUGGAGUCGGAGUGCUGUUUUUGUUGUUGGUGAAAGGUGAGGGGAACAGCUGAUCGUCUGUGGGGAGGGCACAUAUCUCAAGGACAGGAUGGAAGAAUCAUCACUAAGCCGGGCACGGUCCCGGGGUGGAGUCAGCUUUCUGAAUGUAGCACGGACUUACAUCCCCAACACCAAGGUGGAAUGUCACUACACCCUCCCCCCAGGCACUACGCCUAGUGCCAGUGACUGGAUUGGCAUCUUCAAGGUGGAGGCUGCCUGUGUUCGGGAUUACCACACAUUUGUGUGGUCCUCAGUGCCUGAAAGUACAACUGAUGGUUCCCCUAUCCAUGCCAGUGUCCAGUUCCAAGCCAGCUACCUGCCCAAACCCGGAGCCCAGCUCUACCAGUUCCGAUACGUGAACCGCCAGGGUCGGGUAUGUGGGCAGAGCCCUCCCUUCCAGUUCCGAGAGCCGAGACCCAUGGAUGAGCUGGUGACCCUGGAGGAGACUGAUGGUGGCUCUGACAUACUGCUGGUCGUCCCCAAGGCCACUGUGCUGCAGAACCAGCUGGAUGAGAGCCAGCAAGAGCGGAAUGACCUCAUGCAACUGAAACUGCAGCUGGAGGAGCAGGUGACAGAGCUGAGGAGCCGAGUGCAAGAGCUUGAGACAGCUCUGGCAACCACCAGGCAGGAGCAUGCAGAGCUAACAGAACAGUAUAAGGGGCUUUCCCGGGCACAUGGGGAGCUCUCAGAGGAGAGAGAUAUCCUGAGCCAACAGCAGGGAGACCAUGUGGCACGCAUCUUGGAGCUGGAGGAUGACAUCCAGACCAUCAGUGAGAAAGUGCUGACAAAGGAGGUGGAGCUGGACAGAGUUAGAGACACAGUGAAGACCUUGACUCGGGAACAGGAGAAGCUCCUGGGACAGCUGAAGGAAGUCCAAGGAGACAAGGAGCAAAGUGAGGCUGAGCUUCAAGCAGCACAACAGGAGAACCGUCACUUAAAUUUGGAGCUGCAGGAGGCCAAGGGCCGGCAAGAAGAGAACAGUGUUCAGGUCCAACGAUUGAAGGACAAGGUGGCCCAGAUGAAGGACAGUCUAGGCCAGGCCCAACAGCGAGUGGCUGAGCUGGAGCCUCUAAAAGAGCAACUUCGAGGAGCCCAGGAACUCGCAGCCUCAAGCCAGCAGAAAGCCAGCCUUCUUGGGGAGGAAUUGGCCAGCGCAGCAGGAGCCAGGGAUCGCACCAUAGCUGAGCUGCACCGCAGCCGCCUGGAAGUGGCUGAGGUCAAUGGCAGGCUGGCUGAGCUCACUCUGCAUCUGAAGGAGGAAAAAUGCCAGUGGAGCAAGGAGCGGUCUGGGCUGCUGCAGAGUAUGGAGGCAGAGAAGGACAAGAUCCUGAAGCUCAGUGCAGAAAUCCUUCGUCUGGAGAAGGCAGUGCAGGAAGAGAGGACCCAGAACCAAGUGUUCAAGACAGAACUGGCCCGGGAAAAGGAUUCCAGCCUGGUUCAGUUGUCAGAGAGUAAGCGGGAACUGACAGAGCUGCGGUCAGCCUUGCGCGUGCUCCAGAAGGAAAAGGAGCAGUUGCAGGCCGAGAAGCAGGAACUGCUAGAAUACAUGAGGAAGCUGGAGGCCCGCCUGGAAAAGGUGGCAGAUGAGAAGUGGAAUGAGGAUGCUGCCACAGAGGACGAGGAGGCCGCAGCAGGGCUGAGUCUGUACACCCCCAAUCUGGUGACACCUCUCCACCCACUCCUUCUGUUGAGGAAAAUUCCAUGGACACCCAUGGAAGCUGCCUCUGCCUUCUAUGUGUUCGGCCUUUUUCCUUCCCAGACCCUAGACCCUAUGUGCCCCUCAGAGGAGAAUGAGCUGAUCCAGUGCUCUAACAAACACAUCCUUCCUUCUUCCUUGCCUGUCUCCUUUCCCACAGGCUGCCCAGCUGCUCUGACAGACUCGGAGGACGAGUCCCCAGAAGACAUGAGACUCCCACCCUAUGGCCUGUGUGAGCGCAGAGACCCAGGCUCCUCUCCUCCCGGGCGCCGAGAGGCCUCUCCUCUCGUUGUCAUCAGUCAGCCAGCUCCCAUUGCUUCCCACCUCUCAGGGCCAGUUGAGGACAGCAGCUCUGACUCGGAGGCUGAGGAUGAGAAAUCAGUUCUGAUGGCAGCUGUGCAGAGCGGAGGUGAGGAGGCCAACCUGCUGCUUCCUGAACUAGGCACUGCCUUCUAUGACAUGGCCAGUGGCUUUUCCGUGGAUCCCCUGUCAGAGGCCAGCACUGGGGGCCCUGCCACCCCACCGUGGAAGGAAUGUCCUAUCUGUAAGGAGCGCUUCCCUGCUGGGAGCGACAAGAGUGCCCUGGAGGACCACAUGGACAGACACUUCUUUUGCAGCACCCAGGACCCCUUCACCUUUGAGUGAUGUCACCCCUCCGUGCACGCGCACGCGCGCGCGCGCGCGCACACACACACACACACACACACACACACACGUUCACACGCAGACAUACACUUUCCCAUUCACUGGGUUCCAUGAUAUCCUGUUUCCUAAGAACCACUCCUGUGUGUCCUUAUUUUCACCCCAGGCUUGCUAACUUCACCUUCUCCUACCUGGCUUUUUGUCCUAGGCCAGGGUCUUCUUUGGAAGCAGUGGCUGAACUAUCCCCAGAAAGCAGUUUUGGAGGAAUCAAGAUAGAGACCUGUAGGACUGGAACUACCCACUCCUAGCCCUGGUUGCUUCCGAUACACAGCUGCCCCCCCCACACACACACACUCUCACACUCACUCCCCUCUCUGAUGCCCCAAAGCCAAUUCCUGGGGCACCCCAUCCUCUUUUAUUUGGGGUUUCUGUUUGUUUACCUGAGUUUUCUCUGGGGCCUGCAUAGGGACAGCAGCAUGGACAGCAUGACCUUUUCGGGUCUCUUUGGUUCUCAGUUUCACUGGUUCCUCUUUCUGUUCCCUGGUUGUCUUCCACACCCCACCCCAGCCUUUUCUGUAGAAGUAAUAUCUUAGAUAUUAAUACGGAGGUUUCUU